CAGUUCCUGCUGCCGGGGAUGGCGAGGCAGGCGGUAACGGCGAUGGUUCUUAGCCGGCUCCUCUGCCUGCCCCUCUGCCUCUUGCCCCUCUGCCUGCCGCGCCCGGCGGCGGCCCGGCCGCCCGCCCCGCACCUGGUGCUGGUGCUGGCCGACGACCUGGGCUGGGGCGACGUGGGCUGGCACGGCUCUGCCAUCCGCACGCCGCGGCUGGACGCGCUGGGCGCGGACGGCGUGCGGCUGGAGCGCUACUACACCCAGCCGCUCUGCACCCCGUCCCGCAGCCAGCUGCUCUCCGGCCGCUACCAGAUCCACACAGGUUUACAACACCAGAUAAUUUGGCCAUGCCAGCCCAGCUGUCUGCCACUGGAUGAGAAACUCCUCCCAGAGCUACUUCAAGAGGCGGGAUAUGUUACUCAUAUGGUGGGGAAGUGGCAUUUAGGGAUGUACAGAAAAGAGUGCCUUCCAACCCGCAGAGGAUUUGAUACUUAUUUUGGCUAUCUUUUGGGCAGUGAGGAUUAUUACACUCAUGACCGUUGCGUUCUCAUCAAAACAAAGAAUGUAACGCGCUGUGCUCUGGACUUUCGAGAUGGAGAAGAAGUUGCAACUGGAUUUAAAAAUGUGUACUCCACAAAUUUAUUUACAGAAAGAGCAAUAGAUCUUAUAGCAAAUCACAAAACUGAGAAGCCCCUCUUUCUCUACCUUGCCUUUCAGUCUGUCCAUGAACCUCUUGAGGUCCCUGACGAAUACAUGAAACCAUAUUCUUUCAUAAAAGAUUUAAAGAGGCGCCAUUAUGCAGGGAUGGUGACUCUUAUGGAUGAAGCUGUAGGAAAUCUUACUGAUGCUCUGAAAACAAAUGGUCUUUGGGACAACACAGUUCUUGUUUUCUCUACUGAUAAUGGAGGACAGACUUUGGCAGGUGGGAAUAACUGGCCACUGAGAGGGAGAAAAUGGACCCUCUGGGAAGGAGGAGUAAGAGGAGUAGGCUUUGUUGCAAGUCCUUUGCUGAAACGAAAAGGUGUAGAAAGUCAUGAACUCAUCCAUAUCUCUGACUGGCUGCCAACACUGGUGCACCUUGCUGGAGGACAUACCAAUGGCACUAAGCCCUUGGAUGGCUUUGAUGUUUGGAAAGCUAUCAGUGAAGGAAGACCUUCUCCCAGAGUGGAACUGCUGCACAACAUAGACCCGAUGUUUGUGGAUGACUUCCCAUGUCUUGGCAUUGACAACAGGACAUCUUUACCACAGAGCAAUUCUUCUCCAUGGGAUGAUACACUUUUCAAUAUAUCCAUGCAUGCAGCAAUACGACAUGGAAAAUGGAAGUUACUAACUGGAUAUCCAGGCUGUGGUCAUUGGUUCCCUCCACCAUCUUUGUUCAGUGAAUCUGAGAUUCAGUCAUCUGAUCCAUCAAUGAAGAGACUUUGGUUGUUUGAUAUUGUUCACGAUCCUGAAGAGAGAAAUGAUUUGUCUGAAAAACAUCCUGAUGUGGUGGAAAAACUGCUCUCACGGCUUCAGUAUUAUCAUAAACGUUCAGUGCCUGUGUUCUACCCUGAUGAGGAUCCCCGCUGUGAUCCAGCAGCAACUGCAGCUUGGGGUCCUUGGGCAUAGUGCAGCUUUGCAUCCUGCAAAAAACAAACCCUAGUAGAGGCUGUAUAUGGACUCAGAGUCCUAGUUAAGCAUAUCUUACUUUCUUUAAUGACCUAUUGCUAAUUGUGAACUUAUCCCUUGAGUAAUUUAGUAUUUCUUACUCUUCAUGGGUUUGGAAUUUUUUCAGUCUUUUCUCACACUCUUGUUCCCAAAAAUUGUAUGUGAAAUGUUAGUAAAAGUAUAAAUCUAUUUUUUUUUUAUAUUCUUUGUCUGGAAUAUGCUUUUAAUGCAUAAGCAUUGCCUCCUUCCUUGAAAGAGAUUACUUUUCUUUAAAAGCUGAAAGUAAUCAUGGCAGCAGGGACAUCCAGAAUGCAUCCAUCUGAUUUUUGGUUUCAUGUGUAACAGCUUCUCCUGGAAGCUGUUUCAUUGUAAAGACUAGAAAAAUAUAAUACAAGAGUUGGCAUAACAUCACAUUUUGAACUUCCCUGUACAAGAGGAGUAUUGCCCAACUGGAGUGAGUUCAGUGGAGAACCAUGAAUAUGAUCACAGGGAAGACAGCAAGCAAGGGGAGGCUAAAGAAAAAAAAGGGAGGUUGCUAUCUUCAGCUACCUAAUGUGAGGGCAUAGAAAAGAGGAAGCCAGACUCUCCUCAGAGGUGCACAAAGAUGAAAAACACACAAGGAACAUCUGGAGUUCCAAUGCAAAGAAGAAAAUUAAAAAAAAAAAUCAUACCAUGAGUUUAGUCAAAUAAGGGAACUGUGAGACUAUGGCAGCCCUAUUCCUGGAGAUGUUCAGUCUUUGGUUGGAGAAGAUUCUGAACAACAUGAUCUGUCUCUGAAGUUGGAUCAAAUUUUGAAGUUGACUCUGCUUUAUUAGAGGUGGUGAGGAACAAAUGGGUGACCUCCAAAGGCCGCUUUCUGCAUGAAUUAUUCAAUGAUUCUAUGAUGAACAAAACCUUACUUUUAUUGCCUGCCUAGUAAGCACCCUUUCUUCUCCUAUAUUGUUUCUUUAUUACCAUAGUGGAGUCUGUUUUCAUUCUGGAGUGGGCUCUGAGCCAUAGAGAAAACAGGCCAAGCAACAUUUCUCAAUUACUUAUCAAAUUGAUGCGAGAGCAACCCACCAGCUCUAUUAAGGUCAAACCUUGAAUUCUGGUAAUGCUUCUUAGUGUCCUUGACCAGGUUUCAGGAUGCAGAGCUCAAUCUAUCAUCGUCUCCAGAAAACAGGGAUCUAAUUGCCUUUUUUCUGGCUCCAGGACCAACUCAUAUAAUUGCACUAAAAUUUUGCACAACUUCUCCCAGUUUUCUCUCAGGAGAUUUUGUGCCUUUACCACCUGCAGCUUACUGUAGGUAGCUGUAGCUCUAAUCCUUCCUGUUGACUGAUUGUCAAUCCACUAACUUGUGGAAAUUGUGUAGACCAAACUUUCAGGCUGGAAGGUGUGAAUACAACAGCUUGCCCAAAGUGGUUUUGAAGCAUGCCCAGCAUGAGCCAGGCUGCUGAGGCUUUCAUUCUUCCUGGUGUGAUACUGGAGGCCUGCACUGUGAUGGAGGAGGAAGGAUAAGCACUCUCUUCAUCAACUAUGGGAAUAUUUUGCUUACAGGUGUGGAAGUUACAAGUCAAGAAUUGGACAACUUGUGAGUUAGAAACCUCAUGAAUUAAGGAAUGGAUUAGUGAAUUUGUACUAGUCUAGUCUAGUCUGUACAAAGGGGACUGAGCCCUUGUUAGUUUCUUUUCCUAAUGAGCUCAUAAAAUAAUUUACAGACUGUGUUGUCCUGUAAAUUAGAGAAAUCCAAUUUGGACCAUGACAAUCUUGGCUCUAGAAAAACCUUAACUGCAGUUCUCUUUUCUAGCUAUUGCAGCUUGUCUAUUUUAUACCGAUGUAAUGAUUAAUGCUAGUUUAUAGCUUAUCUGUUUAGUGCAACUGUUUUAUAUCCUAAUUGUCUGUAGCAUACAGUUAGUAACAUGAGUUGGAGUAUGGGAUUCUGAAAGAGUAAGGUGUCAAAUUUUGCCUUCUGUGACUUUUAGAUUUACUAUUUUUGUAUGUAUCUUAAUGAUGCAUGUUGUCCUUCAAAUGUCUUUUUGAGAUAAAUCGUCCAAACAGCAGAGCUUCCAUCAGUCCUCAUUCAUUCAGAAAACGUUGGUUAGUUUAUUUUUGCAAUCAAAUGCAGGUGGAGACAUUGACACCAUUCCCCAGUGUGUAAGGCAAGUAGAUUCAAUGAGUUUACAUUAUUCUAACUCUUUUUUCAUAGGGCAUGUUCUAACUCUUUUCAUAGGGCAUAUUCAAGACUAGAAAGCUAACUGUUCUCAGUCAAUAUCCACAUAUAACAUUUUAGUUUAUAGUAGUGAUUACAAGAUGUGGUUGCUGGAAUAACAAGGGACUGGACUUGGGGUUGGGGGGAAUUUCUGCCCUACAUUCCUGUGUGUCCUUCAGCAUUCGGCACUCAUAUUACAUGAGGAAAGAUGUUGGCUUACCUACAAAAGCAAGAACUUUUGUUAAUGAUAUUUUAAUACAGGUAUUGCUCUUUUUUGUGCUGAUAUCUAGUUUCGUGGAAAAGAAAGAAACACCAGCUAAGUUGUAAAAGCUCAAAUAAAUAAUAUGUUUGAGUCUCCUUGGCUAAAGUUAGAAAACAUUAAAAAAACAUUUUAUUUCAGAGGUAAGUAGAGCUUUUAUGUGUUCUCUUUUCUCUGUGUCCUACAAUCUGCAUUUUAGUAUCUUGCUGCUAUUCUAGUUCAUGUAAUUAAUUUACUAGGAAGAGACUGUGGCACAUCACUGUCUUGUAUAGGUAUUCAAUUCACCCUUUGUUUCCUCCUGUUAUAUUUUAAAAUCCAAAGAUUCAUUAUUUUCUCAGCUACAGUAUACAUCAUUAUUUAUUUUCUGAUUUUCCAUGGGUGGUCCUUCAUAAAACAUUUUAAUUGAAUUGGGUUAGAAAAAAAAGAAACAUCUGGCUGACAUGUUUAGGUUGGCAUCUGCAAAGAGUUGUAUACUGUUCAAUUGUUUCAAACUGGAAAAUAGAGAAUUCUUUGUAUAUUUUGUGGUUACUUAACAUUCAAAAAUGCAAGUAUUUUAAACUCUCUAAAUAAAACUUCAUUUCAUCCCUUUC